CUUACACCUUGCUGCCUCCAUUUGUUUUGUUUCUUUGUUUGCCCCUGAUCUACUUUUAGAUCUCUCUUCAGAUCCACUGCUGGAAUUAAGAUUAUAAACUCGUUUCGGGGAUUUUCCAGCACAGCAGGAGAACAAAGCCUGAAGAAUUUCUUUGAAAAAGUCACUCAUCAUAAAAGCAGCAUAUUUUGUCUUUUGAGGUUUACCUCUCCAGCCAGCCAAAAUUCCCCCCAAACGCAGACAGCAGGACCGUCCUGCGCUUUCGCGGCUCGCUGGCAGGAAGGGACUGGUGGCAGCGGGGGUCCUGGGGAUCAUAAUGGUUCUGGUUUUGGUUGUCCUUAUUCCAGUUCUGGUGAGCUCAGCUGGAACAUUAACGCACUACGAGAUGCUCGGCGCUUGUAGGAUGGUGUGCGACCCAUACAGCACAACUACUCCAAGCAGCACCGGCGCUCCAGACGCGGUCCCGGACAACAGCCUCCUGCAGUCGUUGCCCACUUUUAUCCAGGGUCCCAGAGGAGAACCGGGUCGUCCGGGUAAGGUGGGACCAAGAGGAGCUGCAGGUGAACCGGGAUACCCCGGUCCAGCUGGGCCACCAGGAAAUAGAGGUGAGCCGGGGAAACCUGGUUUACCAGGACCCCCGGGACCCAGCGCAGUUGCUGGCGCAAUCAGCGCCGCCACAUACAGCACUGUGCCAAAGAUCGCCUUUUACGCAGGACUGAAAAAGCAGCACGAAGGAUACGAAGUGCUCAAAUUUGACGACGUAGUGACCAAUUUGGGAAAUCACUACGACCCAACUUCUGGAAAGUUCACGUGUUCCAUCCCUGGGAUUUAUUUCUUCACUUAUCACGUUCUGAUGCGUGGAGGAGAUGGGACCAGUAUGUGGGCAGAUCUUUGCAAAAACAAUCAGGUACGUGCCAGUGCCAUAGCCCAGGACGCUGACCAAAAUUAUGACUAUGCCAGUAACAGUGCUGUGUUGCAUCUGGAGCCAGGAGACGAGAUCUACAUCAAACUAGAUGGAGGCAAAGCUCAUGGAGGCAACAACAACAAGUACAGCACCUUCUCUGGGUUUAUCAUUUAUGUUGAUUAGAUGCUGGCUUUACACACAACAGUUGUCAUAACUUUAUUUUGCUGGUGAAACUGAAAAUAUAAUUCUCUCUCUGUAAACUAAAUCUUCUGAAUUUGUGAAGAUAAAUUGUUAAAACUCUCAAUUUUAGUUGCUUUUAUGCUUUAAAAGAUAGUUGUGUUGAUGUAGAAAAAAUCUGAAAGAUGCAAGACAGAGGACACACAAGUCCAGUACCGGAAAACACUGAGAUAACAUUACUGUCAGUCACAUGAUUUGACAUGCUUUUUAAACAAAUAUGUAAAAGAAAUUAGUUGGUAACAGUAAUUCAAAUUUAAAUCAAUUAUUAAGAUACAAGGUGGAAUAAAUCACUGUCCUCUAAACAAGGUGUGCUACCAAAAAUUAUCAACGUACAUAUUGUUUCAACUGCUAGAAUGUUUGUACAAAGUACAAGUUGAAAAAAAUGUAAUUUGACAUGAUAUAUCAAUUAAUGAGGAACUACUCAUCAACUGUUUGGUGUUUCUCAAAUCAGGUCUAUUUUUUUUUGUCAUUUUCUUUAUGCAAACUAAAAGAAAUUUCUCUGUGAUCUCUAAGUAUACACAUAUAAGUAUGGGGAAAACAUACAAAUAACAUAAUUAAAACAGCUAAGAUGUCUAAGUGCAACAAGUGAGCUAGACAAUCUUAACAUUAAGUUCGGCUAUUUAGAAAGAUUUAUUUAUUUAUGGCGGUCUGAUGAGGGCUUUGAGGAAUCUGAUGAAACUCAUAACGUUGUUCCUGCAUCCACUCAAACAGAGAGGAGGGACGCUCCUUAGCUCCCCUCACUGUCCUCUGCAGGACAGAGGACAGUGAGGGGUAAUGUCUGUGGUACUGCAGCUGCUGAAUGACAUUGAGGUGCCAUACAGCAGUACAUCAACAGACUCUCAAUCACUCCUUGGUAAAAAUUGUAAAAUUCUGACUGUGCUUCAUUCUGUCAGGCUCUGCUGGCUGCAUUUAAUCCCAGCACUGGUUUUUUGUUGUUGUUGUUGUUGUUUUAAUCAGAACAAGUAAUCAAAGGUCUGCUGAACUUUCUGCUAACACUCAAGGACUCAAUGCAGUUUACUGGGUUUCCUUAGAGAGAGACAGAGAAAGAGAAAGAGAUAGAUAGAUAGAUAGAUAGAUAGAUAGAUAGAUAGAUAGAUAGAUAGAUAGAUAGAUAGAUAGAUAGAUAGAUAGAUAGAUAGAUAGAUAGAUAGAUAGAUAGAUAGAUAGAUAGAUAGAUAGAUAGAUAGAACCUGCCUGCACUGACAGCUAGGAAAGGAAGUACUUGACUUGGAAUCUGUCAAUAAUUGGAUUAACUUUACUUUUUUUGUAAAGAGCCUUGAAACAAUUGUUCUGACACUAUAUAAAUUAACUAAAUUGGAAUUAAAUAAAUUCACAACUCUGUACUGAGGGUCGUGUGCUAAGGUCCAGAAGUUUAUGGUCAUCUCCUAUUCUGUCCACCGAUUGACUUCCUUUUUGUCCAUCGUCAUGUCUGAAAUGACUCCUCCGACUGGAAUAUCAUCAGCAAAUUUAGUUAUCAGGAUUUCCCCACGUGUGCUUGCACAGGAACGUGUGGUCAGCAGUGGAUUGAGUGAACACUCUUGAAUGAAUCCUAAGUGUGGUGGAGUUGGGGAGACUCUAUUCAGUGUUUAGUAUCUGUGGAGUCUCAUUCAGAAAGUUCAGAAUCCACAGGCAUGUGGCAGUGUUCAGAAAGAGUAGGAGAACUCUCACAGAGUAAUGUAUUAAAUGCUGAGUUGAAAUGACUAUUCCAGAUUCUGUAGUAACUGUCUUUAUUCUCCUAACGAGUUAGUACUUUGUAUUAGGAGGCUGGGUGCUUCCUGCUUAGAGUUGUUUGGUUGGUGCAGAUGUAUUAAUGCAGACAGACAUACAUUUUGCCUUUAGUUGGUAGAAUGGCCAACUUUUUAUGAUAACAAAUUUUACCAUCGGAGAGCAGUGUUUAAUUUCAUCAGCAAAGACAUCUGCAACUCUGUUCACCUGGAACAAUGUUGUUGACUUCUACAGUAUAGUGGCAUUAAAGGGGCAGUAUUAUGUAAAUUCCACUUUUUUGAGCUUUGCAUCAUGUUAUAAUGUUAUUCCCUCAUCAAAACAUACCAGGAGUUUUGCCUUGAUUGUUCCAUGCAUGUUUGAGAAAUUCUUGAACCAUUCAGUUCUGUAAAAUGCCUGGGUGCACCGAGGCGCAGCUCCUCCUCUUUUCAAGGUGUUAAGGAGUUUCCAAGCUUCCGAGUUUCUGCCUCUCAGAGAAACCUUCCUCUGGGCCUCCCACACUCAACAUCUGAUAGAACGGCGCAUCUGCUGAUCUCAUUGCAAGAACUACUACUCAGUGCAACACUGGUAAAAACAUUGUUAAAGAGUUAAUAGCAGUGCCAUGUUGUGAUGACUUCCUGAAGGCGAAGU